AUGUCCAAUAAUAAGUUUCCUUCUAUUCAAUCAUUUACAUCAACAUCACAUGAUAAUGAAUAUAGUUAUCAUAUAACUAAUGAUUUAUCAAUUAAAAUUAAUGAUAUUAUACGUAGUAGUGACUAUCGAUUGUUUUUCGAUGAUCAUUUAUCAUUUGAACAACUUAUGUUUCUACUCAAUCAUCGAUAUUCAAUAGAAAUUUCUGUACUUGAUUUUAUUAUCGAUAAAAUUUAUCAAUUAAUUAAAGAUGAAAAUAUUCGUGAAAUUUUUUUAAAUAAUAUUAAUAAAUUUGCUGGUCAUUUACAUCUUGUUAAUAGUGAUACAGAUGUUAGUCUUCGUCCGACUUUCUUUCUUGGCGACAGUGAUGAUGCUGAUUAUUAUUAUGAUGAUGACGAUGAUGAUGACCGAACAAUUACCGAUGAUGACUCCAUAUUUGAAGAUAGUUUUGAUGAUCUUGAAAAUGAUUUGCUUGAUCGUUUUGAUUUUGAACAUUUUCUUGCUGUUUAUCGUUAUUCACCACCAAGUGAUGAUGAAUACGACUUUUGA